AUGCCUCAUGACGACUACGACCGCAAACUGCGAGAGCGCGAAUACCAUGCGAGCCAAAAGACUGCCACAAAAUUUGUUCGAACAGAGAUAGGCAAAGCAUUAGAGGACUCAACGACCGGCAAGUUGUACCAAGAGCUCUUGAGCCUUCGUAGGCAAGGCACUAGCUUUUGCGAUAUCGGGGGGCCGAGGUUGAAGCUUAGGGCAUAUCAAGUUUUGGUUAACACACGAUCAAAGGCACGUUGGAAGGAACUGUGGCUCAACGACCGCUAUAACCGGAUCCUCCAGACCAGAGAAAGGAUCUCAAACAACAAGACCACAGCGGCCCACGAUACUAAAGCGCUAUUCCGGGGUCGUGCCAGAGCGAGCACGCUGGCACGGUCGGUCGAAUCCAGUGCACCUCAAACCCGGGAACACAUGCUGCCCGAUGUGGCCGAUCUUCUUACUCUACCAGAGGAACUUUGA